AUGGCUUUUAUUAGAAGAGUAUUUUUUGCUUCUCCAGAACUAACAGAGCAGGAAUUUGUUGUUAGUCAAGUUGAUUUGCUUGUUAAAGGCGAAGAAGUCGAAAAUGUCCUCCGAAAUCUGAAAGAUUUGAGUAUAAAAUAUCCAAACGAGAUAGGAAGCAGAGCUAUUCCUUCUAUAGUAGAUAUUUUAGUCAAAUACGAGAAAAAUGAUGAUUUAAUAUCAAAUUUGUUCGUAAUUAUCAGUAAUCUCCUUCAUGAAAAUAAUGAAAAACGCGCCGAAUUUGCAAAAGUUUUCUUGGAGCAGCCAAAGACAUUACACAAUCUUAUAGAAACUAGCGAAUCAAAAGUUUUCAAAAAGAGACUUUCUACAAUUAAACUUCUUUCAAUAUUAUGCAGUCUACAACCAAUCCUUUUCCAAAACGUACUCACAAAUAAUCAAGAAGAAAUGACAAAGUUAUUUGCAUUUAUAAACGACGAAAAUGAACAAAUUGUCGAAGAAUUUAUCAAUUUUAUUCCGAUUUUAAUCAGUAAGUCCGAAAACUACCAGCAGAUUGUCUGUUUUAACAUCAUGGACCGCCUUUCUUCCCUUAUUUCUGCAGACAGACCCAACGUAAUGAAAGCAGUUCAUUCAGUUUUAGACGGAAACGAGUUUUCUCAAAAGCUUUUUGUUGAAUCUGGAUACCUUAAGAGGUUAUUACCGUUAAUCGAGUUCCCACAAGCAACUGCUUACGAUUUACUUACAGAAAUCUUUUCAUCAUCAAAUGCUCCAACCUUACGAAACUCAGUUCCACCAUCUGGCAUCAUAGAAGCAUGUGCCAAGCAUGUAUCAGUCAAUAACCAAAGGGCAAACAACUUAGAUUUGCUUUCUUUGCUUAUACAAGGCAACGAAGAAUGUUGUUCAAAGCUUUCUGGACAUUUAGAGUCAUUUAUUUCUAUUUAUUUAUCAGAUACAUCAUCAAGAGAACUGUUCAAUACCUUCUUUAUUGAAUUUUUCUCAAAUGUAACUUCAUCAUCCCAAAUUUGUUCAAAAACAAUCGAACAAUUUUUCCAGAAAAAUCAAAGCCCAUCUCUUUUUGACAUUGCAACAAUCUCUGUUUUGUGCAACCCCGAUAUCAAAGAGUUCUGGCUCUAUUUGUUAGAUUUGUCAUAUCCCCUGAUUAAGAACGCUAUUCCCCCUGCAAUUCGUUUUGCAAUUUCUUAUGUCAACCAAAAUAAAGAAGCUGCAAACAAAUUCAUUGCUGAGAAUAGACAGUUGUUCUUCAAGCUCCUCUUGCUGUUCACUGAAGAACAAACAAGAGGUGAUGUCAAGCAUCUCAUCUCACUUUUGUUCACUUCACUUUUGAUGUACAAAGACUGUGAAGACAAAAUUAUUGAAAACAUUUGUUUACUUUUAAUCGGAGAAGAAAAAGUAUACAAUGCGCUAACAGAAAUGAAGUCAAAUUCAUAUGAAUUGUGGAAUGAGUUCGAAGAAGAUCUCAUCAAAAUAAUUAUGGAUAAAAAGCCGUUAGAAAAUGUUUCUCAAUUUGACAAUUUGACAGACGAAGAAGUCAAGAAAGAAUUGAAGAAAUUGAACGACGAUCUCAAAGAAAAAGAUAAAAUCAUUGAAGAAAAUGAAAAGAAUAACGAACAAAAAGUGUCGGAUCUUAAGAAACAAAUUGAAGAUUUGUCAAAACAAAAAGAAAAUGAGAAUUCUGACGUUUUACAAAAACUUGAUAAUUUACAAAAAGAAAAUCAAAAACUCAAAGAAGAGAACGAAGAAAAAGAAUCAGAACUUCAAAAACUCAAACAAGAAAAUGAAAAUCUUAAAAAUAUUGAUGCUCAAAAAGUGACAUAUGACGAUGAAAAAGUGUCAGAACUUCAAAAAAUCAUUGAAGAUCUCAAGAAAGAAAAUGAAUUGAUUCAAAACCAAAAAGAAACAAAUGACAAUGAGAAGAUUUCUGAACUUCAAAAAAUCGUUGAAGAUUUGAAGAAUGAAAAUGAAAAAUUGAAGAGUGAAGUCAAUCAAAAAGUGACAGAUUUACAAAAAGCUGAAGGUGAAAAUGAUUUAAUCAAGAAGUUGCAAGAAGAAAAUCUUGAAAUUGAGAAUGAAAAAGAUAAAGAAAUAUCUGAAUUAAACGAGAAACUUGAAAAACUUCAGAACCAAGUAAAUAAUUUGUCAAGUGAAAAAGUAACAAAAGAUGACAUCAUUUCUUCACUUCAAUCAGAAGUUAAUGACUUACAAGAAGAAAUCGAAUCCAGGAAAGAUGAUAAACAGAAGGAAAUUAAUUCUCUUAAAGAAAAGAUUGAAACCUUAGAAAAUGAAAAGAUUUCACUUCAAGAUUCAAUGAAUGAAGAAAUUCAUAAACUUGAAGAAGAAAUUUCUAAUUUACAAAACGAGAAAUCUGUUUUAGAAACAGAAAACGAAAAACUAUCAAAACAAAUCGAAGAAUUGCAAGAGAAAGAAAAAUCAUCACAAGAAGAAAACGAAGAAUUAUCAAAACAAAAUGAAGAAAUGAAAGAAAAACUUUCUAAACAAGAUAAAGAAUUCGAAGAAGAAAAAGAAAAAUUGAAUGCAAAAAUUGAAAAAAUAGAGAAAGAUUUAUCAGAUGGUAAUAAUGAAAAAGAAACAUUGACAAAUGAUUUUGAAGAUGAAGUCAAACGAAUUGAAGAAGAUAUCGACAACAAGAACAAACAAAUCAAACAAUUAGAAGAAGAAAAAUCACAAUUAAACGAAGAAAUGAACAAACUUCAACUCAACAACGAAUUCCUUCAAAAACAAAAAGAUGUUGUUGAAACAGAAAAUAAUAAAAUCAAGAAAGAUUUCGAAUCAUUGUUAAGUUCACUUAACAAACCAGACAAAAGCGAAAUGAUCAAGAAAUUCGACGAAGAAAAGCAACAAGAACUUGAGAAAACUAAAACAGCUAAAUCAGAAUUAGAAAAUCAAAUCCAUCAAAUGUCAAUUGAAAAACAAAAAUUAACAAUUAAUCUUGAAAAACUUGAGAAUGAUAAACUUAAUUUGCAAAACAUUGUUAAUGAUUACCAAUCUAAGAACAGUGAAAUGACAAAGAAUUUACAAGAUUUGCAGAAGAAGAAUUUUGAUUUACAAAAUCUUUAUGAUGAUUUAAUAAAUAAGACGAACGAACAAAAUCAUAGAAAUGAAAAGUCACUUGAAAACAAAGACGAAGAAAUCAAACAGUUGAAAGAUACACAACAUGAAUUAGAAUCUAAGAUUGAAAGUCAACUUGAAUCAUUACAAAACAAUGAAGAAAAGAUUAAACUUCUUGAAAGCAAGAUUGAAGACUUAGAAGAAGAAAAAUUAGAACAAAACAAUAUAAAUCAAAAUAAGAUUUCUGAAUUGGAACAUAAAAUUGAAGAACUCCAAAACAAUUCAUUAAACAAUGAUGAAAAUGAAAAUAAGAUUUCAGAAUUAGAAAAUCAAGUUCAAGAAUAUCAAGAAACUAUUGAAAAACUUAGAAAGCAAAUCGAAGAAUUAGAAAAAGAAAAAGAAAAUAAAGCUGAUACAUCAGAAACAGAAUCAUCAACAAAGAUCAAAGAACUUGAAGAUAAGAUCGAAGAACUUGAGAAAGAAAAUGAUCUGUUUCAAAACGAAGGUGAGAGUAUUUUAGAUUUGCAAGAAGAAGUUACAAAACUUAACAAUGAAAUUUCAACACUUCGACAAUUAACUUGUAAACUUGAAGAAGACAACAAAACAUUGAAAGACGGAAGCGAAGAAGACGAAAAACUUAUUUCUUCAUUAAGGAAACAACUCAAAGAGAAAGAAAAAGAGAAAGAAAGUGAAAAUGAUAAUAUUUCCCAAAUUAAAACGAAUCUGUCAGUUCUCAGUAAAGAAAACGAUAAACUGAAACGAGAAAUGCAGAUGAAAGACGACAAAAUAUCAGAUUUAUCCAUUUUGACAUCGUCAUUGCGAACAGAAAACGAACAUCUUAAAUCAGAUCUUGACAUCAAGAAGAAAGAGAUCGACAUCAUUAAGAAGAACGACGAAACAGUUCAAAGUGCACUUGACCAAAUCAAGAACUCAAAUUCAUCAGAUAAAACUAUUAAAUCACUUCAAUCACAACUUAGUGUUUGUUGUAUGCAGAAAGAAACACUUGAGAAAGAACUCGAAGACAUGCGUAAAGAAGAUCAAGAAACUAUUGCACAACUUAAACAAGUUGUCAACGAGUUACAAACAAAGAUUUCACUUUCAUCACCACAGCGUGAAUUCAACCAAAUGAAGAUUCAACUUAAACAGAAACAAGAACAAAUUGAACGUCUUCGUCAAGAAAACGAUGAACUUCAAAACAAAGUUAAUUACAUCAAAGAGAAAGCUAAGAACGACAUCAAAGAUAUCAUUAAGAAGACACAAGUUCCCGAAGUUAAAUCAAGCGAAAAGACACUGAGUGAAGUUUCUGAUUUACGUCGUAAAGUAUUGAUGUUUGACAAAGAGAACCAGAAACUUACUGAACAGAACAACGAACUUAAGAAACAACUUCAAUCUAUUUCUGUUUUAGAACAACGCGAGAAAGAAUACAUCACACAAAUCUCUAAGUUGACUAAGAAGACGAAAGAACUUGAAGAAGAAAACAAACUUAUUAAGAAAUCAGAAGAAGAUAAAACUGAUAUUGAGCAACGAUAUUUAGAUACAGUUACAAACACAUCUAAAAUGUCACAUGAGAUUCAGACACUUAAUGAAACAAUCAACACAUUGACACAAAAGCUUUCACAACUUAAGAAACAACAUUUGCAAGAGAAGAAAGAAAUGCAAAUUGAGGUUUCAACAUUGAAGACGAGUCUUGAUAGUAGUCUUAAAGAACUUGAAGAAGAACGUAAACAUAACAUGCAACUUAUUAAAGAUUCUAAAACUAACAUUGUUAAAUUGUCUGAAUUAGAACGAACUCAUGCAGAACUUCGAAAUCAAAAUGAAACCAUUUCAUCUGUUUCCGUUUUACGAACAUCUCCUGUUUCUCCACUUCGACAAGAAUCAUCUAUUAUUAGUGACGAUCCAGAACACAAGAAAGCUCUUCGGUUAAUUGGCAAGAUGUGGCUAAUGAAGAACACAGACUACGACAGGAAAUAA